ACGACCUUCCCAACAUGGCCGCCAGUAGGCACGUUAGGUAGCCAGGCUGCUACUGCGCCCCGGUGUAUCUAGUCGUCUUAUCUAUGUACGACACUCGUCUCAACCGUAAUCACACGCGCUGCCACUUGCUGCACGAAAAAAAGUCCUGGAUUUGUACCAAACGUGUUGAAUCCUCGUCACAACCGAAAAGUGUUGUGAUCGGCGUGUGAAAAUGUGCGCAAGAAGGACAGCAGAGUACGAGGAGGAACUUUGGGGACCAAUAGAAAAAAAGGAGCCACAAUCUAAACUACUGGACGCUGUUUUCAAUCUGCAGCCGCGAACUGUACAAUGCAGAGCAGACAUCACUGAAGAGCUUCGUACUGAGCGGCAGGAGCCAGAGCCCCCUCACAUUAAAGAGGAAGUGGAGGACGAAGAGGUCUACCAUAUCAAAGAGGAAGAGGAGCCCAUUUCGAUUAAAAAAGAGGAGGAAGAAGCCUGCCCCCACAUCAAGGUGGAAGAGGAGGAUAUCACAAAGUUUCCAUCUACUGGUGUCCCUUUGAAGAGUGAAGAUGGUCAAAGUGAGGAGAACAGAGGGGUGGAGCCUCCAAGCAGCAGCUCAAGUCAACACAUUACAACAGAAGGUGAUGGAGACCACUGUGGAGGAUCACAAGCAGACGGCCUCUUACCUCCACUGUCAGAUAGUGACGACAUGAUGUCACACUCUCCUCACACUGAUGAAAAUCAUGAUGAUAAACAGUCUGAAGGUGAUAUGACAUGUCACACUGACAACAAACGAUGGAAAUGUUCUCAGUAUGGGAAAACGUUUAAGAGCAGUUUGAAACAACACAUAACACAUACUGGAGAGAGAGCUUUUUCCUGCUCUAUUUGUGAUAAAAGAUUCUCUCGCAAGGGAGACUUGACAAGCCACACAAGAACACACACUGGAGAAAAACCUUUUUCCUGCUCAGUUUGUGGUCAAAGAUUCACUCAGAAGGAAACUUUAAAAAUACACACUAGAACGCACACUGGUGAAAAACCUUUUUCCUGCUCAGUUUGUGGUCAAAGAUUCACUCAGAAGAGAGUCUUAAAAAUACACACGAGAACCCACACUGGUGAGAAACCUUUUUCCUGCUCAGUUUGUGGUCAAAGAUUCACUCAGAAGGAACACUUAAAAAUACACACAAGAACCCACACUGGUGAGAAACCUUUUUCCUGCUCAGUUUGUGGUCAAAGAUUCACUCAGAAGGGACAUUUAAAAAAACACACAAGAACCCACACUGGUGAGAAACCUUUUUCCUGCUCAGUUUGUGGUCAAAGAUUCACUCAGAAGGGAGCCUUAAAAAUACACACAAGAACCCACACUGGUGAGAAACCUUUUGCCUGCUCAGUUUGUGGUCAAAGAUUCUCUCACAAGGGAAACUUGACAAGCCACACAAGAACCCACACGGGUGAGAAACCUUUUUCCUGCUCAGUUUGUGGUAAAAGAUUCUCUCACAAGGGAGAUUUCAAAGUACACACAAGAACCCACACUGGUGAAAAACCUUUUUCCUGCACAUUUUGUGGUCAAAGAUUCUCUGAAAAGGCAACUUUAAUAAAACACACAAGAACCCACACUGGUGAGAAACCCUUUUCCUGCUCAAUUUGUGGUCAGAGAUUCUCUCAUAAGGAUCGGGCUAAGACACACAAGUGUGCUGGUGAGAAUAGUAGUGCUCAAGAUGCUUUUAAUGAAAAUGUAAAUGUUUAAUAUAAAAAAGUAAUUACUAUGUUACUGACUUCUACAUUCUUGUAUUCUGUAUACCAGCUGUUCUUGUAUCUACCUUCUUGUUGUCCAUAUAUUUUCUAAAAGGCCUGCGAGAGUUGAGAAUUAACACCGGUGCCAAAAUACUUUCAAGGGACGAGUUAAAGGUGAGGACAUGGGCACUUUUUCCAUAGUUUUGGAUUUAUAAAUGAUGUCUGCAGAAAAAAAUAAAAUAAACUCAGUCGUCAUUUUAGAAUCAUUUACUGAUGAAAUAUCUGAAUUUCAGUCCAGAUUUUGGCCCACCCACAUUUUGGACAUGUCAGCCUGUCACAGCUCGACACAUAAGGAGGAAGAGCCAAUUACAUUUCCUCAUUGAACUUCUGUUUUCCAUGGUGUAGGUUUUGUCCAUAUCGAAAGUCUGGGUGUAUUGUUUAGACGAAAAUGAGUGAACAUAGUGACAGAGAAAUAUGUUCGAAGGCUUGUUUUAAAAAAAAAAAAAAAAAAAAAAAAACCUUUCAAACACCUCGAGAAAAGAAGACAGUCACGUCAUCCCACAAUACGUAAUUCUUGCAGAUUUAUUUCCUCAGACCUCAGCUCAAUUUUGAAUCCAUUGCACCACAAACAUAUAGGACUGUAUAUGUGUGUGUGUGUGUGGAUCACAAAGGGGUUUCUGAAGCAGGCAUUGUGUGACAGAUGUGGACAUUGGCUGGCUGUCAUAAUGUCGGAUGACCCAUAACGAGGGUCUCCUGUCCUGAAACUGCGGCUGACAUGAUUUGAUCCAUAAAAUCUAAAAGAUUAGGCUUAUCGUUGAAAUAUUUUCAGAGGUUGAAGCUGCCAUGAUUAGAGAUUUUCCCGUAAAAUUUGGUGAUGAUUUGUUGACAGUUUUUGGAUAUUAAGCAGCUUUUAUUGGGUUCAUGCAUGAGGCUUUCAAGGAUGUGGCUCUCGCUCACCGUGCUUGUGUCCUUUUAAUGAUGACACCCUGAUAAAUUAGCAAUUUUUCAGCACAUUAAAUUAUUGAUUAAACAUAAUUUUGGGGUACUAGCUGUUUUUCAUGUGAUGCAAUGCUAUACAGUUUGACCACAACAAAAGAUAUAAUGCCAACUUCAACAAAGCGGUGUUUGGAAACUGAAGCAAGCUGUAUUUUUUAUUUUAUUUCCACUGCAUAGUAGAGUACAUUCAUUUUCCCACACCGGCUCUGCCAGUGCUUUUCAGUUUUUGAUUUUGAUGAUGAAAAAGUGGUGUUCGAAAGGGAGUUAGUUAUUUACCAAUUGCUCCAACACGUAUUGAUAUUAUUGAAAAUGGCAGCCAGUUUAAUUUUCUUGAGCAAAAAAUAAAAAAAAAUUAACUUUCUUUUUUAUUUUUGUGAGUGCGUUACAAAUGCAGCUUUGGUGCUCACUGAAGCAAAAACUCGGGCAUGGGAGGAGUUCGGUAAGGCCAUGGAGAAAGGCUUCUGGACGGCUUCGAGGAAAUUCUGGUCCACCAUCCGGCGUCUUAGGAGGGGGAAGCAGUGCACCACCAACACUGUAUAGUGGGGAUUGGGCGCUGCUGACCUCGACUCGGGACGUUGUGAGCUGGUGGGGAGAAUACUUCGAAGACCUCCUCAAUUCCACCGACACGCCUUCCCAUGAGGGAGCAGAGUCUGGGUUCUCUGAGGCGUGCUCUACUAUCUCUGGGGUUGAGGUCACCGAGGUAGUUAAAAAGCUCCUCGGUGGCAAGGCCCCGGGGGUGGAUGAGAUUCACCCGGAGUUCCUCAAGGUUCUGGAUGUUGUAGGGCUGUCCUGGUUGACACGCCUCUGCAACAUUGGCCUCUGGAUUGGCAGACUGGGGUGGUGGUCCCCCUUUUUAAGAAGGGGGACCGGAGGGUGUGUUCCAACUACAGGGGGAUCACACUCCUCAGCCUCCCUGGUAAGGUCUAUUCAGGGGUGCUGGAGAGGAGGGUCCGUCGGGAAGUUGACUCUCAGAUUCAGGAGGAGCAGUGUGGUUUUCGUCAUGGCCGUGGAACAGUGGACCAGCACGACACCCUCGGCAGGGUCCUUGAGGGUGCAUGGGAGUUCGCCCAAUCAGUCUACAUGUGUUUUGUGGACUUGGAGAAGGCGUUCGACUGUGUCCCUUGGGGGGGUCCUGUCGGGGGGGGCUUCGGGAGUAUGGGGUACCGAACCCCCUGAUACGGGGUGUUCGGUCCCUGUACGACCGGAGUCAGAGUUUGGUCCGCAUAUUCGGCAGUAACUCGGACUCGUUUCCGGUGAGGGUUGGACUCCGCCAAGGCUGCCCUUUGUCACCGAUUCUGUUCAUAAUUUUUAUGGACAGAAUUUCUAGGCGCAGCUGAGGC